ACAAACAAAAUGGCUCUUGAAGAAGGUAUACGACAUAAAUCAGGCCCACUAAAACAGCAAAAUAAAACACACAAACACGGACGGCACAGGAGCAAGAGCGAGGUUGAUAAGACUAACAAAGGCCGUGUUGGAAUCAAAGUGAUUUCAAAGAAAGUUCGCCAAGCUGUUGGGAAAACCAAUCGUAGACACCAGGCUAAACAGAUAAGAGAUAAAAGAAGAGAGGAAGUAUUGGAACAAAAGAGAAAAACAGGGAAGCAAGGAAGCCCUCCUCAUCUUAUUGCAAUUGUUCCUCUGUCAUCCAAUUGCAAUGUUGACCAAGCUCUUAAAUUGCUCACUGAGUGUGACAGCGAUGGCUCCCUCUGUUCCACAAGAAACACUACCACCCUAGUUUCACAGCAGCUGAAGCAGCGAUUUUCUUUUCUUCCAUUGAAGUAUGGCGACCUGUUUGCAGUUUUGGAUGCAGCAAAGGUUUCAGAUUCUCUUCUGUUUCUUCUGAAUGCCACUCAUCCACUGGAUUCCUUUGGUGACAAAUGUCUAUCCUGUAUAUUUGCACAAGGCUUACCAACAUCAUUCCUUGGGGUUCAGGGUCUGGAGGAAGUGCCAUCAAAGAAACGAAGUGAUGUAAAGAAACACAUACAAAAGAUAGUAGAAAAGAGAUUUCCCAGGGAUAAAAUUCACAACCUUGAAUCCUCACAGGAUGCUCUUGUAGCACUGAGAUUGAUAUCCAAUCAGCAUCAAAGAGUCAUCCAUUUCCGUGAUAUACGUCCCCACCUUUUAGCUGAAAGUACAACAUUUGAACCCAACAGUGAGGUGACAGAUGUCCCCAGGGGCACCCUGAAGGUGUGUGGUUUUGUCAGAGGGAAGAACCUUUCAGUGAACAGGCUGGUUCAUCUGCCGGGAUAUGGAGAUUUUCAAAUGUCACAAAUUGAUGCUCCCGCAGACCCAUUUCCGUGGCAGAAAAGAAAAAAGUCUUCAGGUUUUAGAGGGGAAUCAAUGGCUGUGGAUACUGAGGAAGGAACAACUUCCAUGGAUGAAGACAUCAAGCUUAUAGCUCGAGCUGACAUAGCCUUUCAGGAAUCACUUCAGUCGGAAGUCGAGCCUGACCCGAUGGAAGGAGAACAAACAUGGCCAACUGAUGAAGAGCUGAGGGAAGCGGAAGAGGCCCGCCAAGAAAAGAAAGUUGUGAAGAGGGUGCCCAAAGGAACCUCUGACUACCAGGCCGCAUGGAUCACAAAUAGUGAUGAUGAAGAAGGCCCGGAUGAUGACGACAACGAUGAAGAUGACGACGAGUUUGAGGAAGAAAUGGAAGGCAGUGAUAGUGAUGAUUCCAUGCGCAAUGAAGACGAAGAGUACGAAACAGUAAGCGUCGCUGCUACGGAGACAGAGGACAGUAAAUACGAUGAAGACAUUGAUGUAGAUGAAGAAAGAGGCCAAUUAGAGAAAAUGCGAGCGGAAAGGGAAAAUGAAAUGUUUCCUGAUGAAAUGGACACACCAAUGGAUCAACCGGCACGCGUUCGAUUUCAGAGAUACCGCGGUCUAAAAAGUUUCCGUACUUCGCCUUGGGAUCCAAAGGAAAAUCUUCCAUCGGAUUAUGCAAGAAUUUUUCAGUUUGAGAACUUCAAACGAACAAAGAAACGAGUCAUGGAAGAAGAUGAGGUGGAUGGCGCACAGCCUGGAUGGUACGUGACUGUUCACAUUUCUAAUGUCCCGCGGGCGUUUAUGGAUUCACUUGACCCCAGUUCUCCUCUGGUGAUAUUUGGACUUCUUCCACACGAGCAAAAAAUGUCCGUGGUCCAUUUUGUGCUCAAGAGACAUCCAACAUUCAGCGAGCCAGUGAGAUCCAAGGAAAGAUUGAUCUUUCAUUGUGGCUUCCGAAGAUUUACGGCGUGCCCCGUUUUUUCCCAGCAUACAUCGGGAGAUAAACACAAGCUUGAACGUUUUAUGCCUCAAGAAGGAGCAUUUGUGGCGACUUUGUACGCACCAAUUAUGUUUCCUCCAGCACCAGUCCUCGUGUUUACACAGGAUAAUCACACAAGUUGUCAUACCUUGGUUGGUACAGGAUCAUUGUACAAAGUCGAUCCGGACAGAAUUGUUGCUAAAAAGAUUGUGCUUAGUGGACAUCCUUUUAAGAUCAACAAACGAUCAGUAGUCCUUCGUUACAUGUUCUUUAAUAGAGAGGAUAUUCAUUGGUUCAAGCCCGUGGAACUUUUCACCAAAUAUGGGAGAAGAGGUCAUAUCCGGGAACCUUUAGGGACACAUGGUCACAUGAAGUGCGUGUUCGACGGAAUGAUCAAAGCCCAAGACACUGUCUGUAUGAACUUGUAUAAACGGAUUUUCCCAAAGUGGACAUAUGAGCCCGCAAUAUUACCACCGCCUGUGGAAACACCAAAGGACAUUGAGGACGCAAUGGAAACUUAAAAUAUUGAAAACUGACUAGUUUUUGGUGAUUGAAGUUUUCCUAUCGAAUGACUACUACAAGGAAAUAAUGUGCCAAUAUUCUCUGCCCUAUUUUAAUCAUUAGACGCGAUGUCCUAUCAAAACUGAAGCGCGUUUCUGUAAUUUCUUCCUUUUAAUUUGUGCUUCAGUGCUCUACGAGAUCGCCAAUCAAGUUCAAUACUUUUUAAUGCUCUCCUUGGAUUACAGCUUUCUACAUGAGCCGCGUUGUUCACAGAUAAAUGAAGUGAAUCAUAUUCGGACCUGUAGGUGAUUACAAAUGCUGGAAUUAUCUUUACAGGUGAGCAGCAAUUUAGGAGUUGCAGGGAAAGAAGCCUGAAAAAAAAAUUAACUCUCUCACUCCCAAGAUCUCAUUAGUAAUUCUCCUUACUGUCUGCCAUAUAGUUCUUGUGGUGUUAUUUUGGAGAAUUUGUUAUUGGAUCAACUAAUAAUCCCCUUAUUGAUAUUUUUCUUUAUUCUCAUCACUUGUCUGCUUGACAUUGUAUUGAUAUUUUAAGGAGAAAUUCUAUCUUGGUCGCUCAUGGGAGUUAAAGGCUUCGAGCGGUUUCUUCUUUGAACAUUUGGUUACGCAAAACAAAAGAAGAAGACUAAAAUGAAAGGAAAAAAGUUUUAAGCGUACAACUGUGAUGAUACUUGCACAUCUUGUUAUGUCAUGUAGCAAUCGCGAGCUUAAUUGGUUCUUUGUAUCUAUAAAUCUUCAAAGUUGUACAGAAUACCUGAUGGAGUUGAUGUCAGAGCGGACUGAGAUUUUAAACGUUGUUCGUAUAAAAUCAAUUUACCGGGUAGGGGUAUUUUGAAAUACGUCAAUGUUUUACGAAUUUCAUAAUUUUGUAUUUUAACAUUCAAGUUUUAAUCCAGAUCCUUUUAACCUGAAUUAGAUGUGCUGUUGUGAAAUGGAGGUAAAAUUGAAGGUGGUGAUGAUCGUAAUAACCAAUGUCUGGGGUUGAUUAAAAACUAUAAAAACUAUAAA